UGCAUCAGCAUUGGAUCAGAUCUUCAAAGGAGUGAUCUGUCCCCUCCUGUGUGAGACUGAAGGACCCCAAGGAGAAUUCACUGAACAGAGACCCUCUACCAACCGGACACCAGCUGAGAUGACAUCCGCUUGGUGGCUAUUGCUCCUGGGGGCAACUUUAUCACAAAUGGUAGGCACACAAGAGCAGCCUCUACCCGAUGACGAGGAACUACAGGCAGAAGAUAACGUGGACCUCAGCAACAUGCUGCAGAGAGCCCAACGGAUCCUGAUCCGCAGUAUGCUUCAGAGGAUGGAAGAGGAAGAACAAAAUGACAAAGAAUCAGAACCCCCUGCUCUUGAAUGGAUUUCCAAGCGCCAGCACCCUGGAAAAAGACUUCUUGAUGAAAUGGAGAAGAGGCAGCACCCAGGAAAGAGGGAAGAGGGUGAUUGGUACCUGGAUCUCCCAAAGAGGCAGCACCCAGGCAGGAGAUCUCCCAUGGGGGAUCAGUAUCUAGAUUCCUCCAACUCUGCAUUGGAGCUCCUGAAUGACAUAUCCAAGAGACAGCAUCCAGGGAAAAGGAAUCCAUCCCACAUCAAACGUCAGCACCCGGGAAAGAGAGGUUGGGAUGAGGAGGAAGACACUGAGCUGAGUGACCUCAGGGAUGUAGAGAAGCGCCAGCAUCCAGGCAAGAGGUACAUGGAAUCUGAGAGUCUUGACUACAUGCCUCCAUGCGAGGGGUCUGAUCCUUUCAACUGCAGCAAGGGAAGUCUUCUCCUGGAGCUCCUAGACAAUGUAAAUAGAGGGAGGAUGGAGGAGAAAAGGCAGCAUCCUGGCAGAAGAGCCGUAUGGGAAGGGGAGGUCCCUCUAGUUCAGGAGUAACAGUCGUUCCCAUUACAAGACCAGCUCAAUUUCAGUAACACCUCAACCAAUCCCCUUUCAUGCUGGACAGCAAUUUGUGAAACCUAGUUCCAUUUACCCCGCUGGUAACCCAAACACAUUACCUAAUUAUAGUUAUACGUGACACAUUGUCUAAAAGGCAUGAGCAUACCAUGAAGUUCAUUAUAGUAAGCAGGUGGAAGAGAGUGAGACAUCCCUCAUACCGACCCUACUGCUCAUA